AUGUCUCUUCAAUGCACUCGACGGCGCCUCCUCUCUGUGCUCAAAGUUCACUGUUGCAGCCAUGCGACACUCAGCGGCACCCAGAAUCCGUGGGAGCAAACCGGAAGUGUUCCGGUGUUCCAGUACGUGGGUCAGCACAGAAAACCCAGCCAUAAAGUGUUUGUGUGGGGCUUCAGCUUCACGGGAGCACUGGGCAUUCCCAGCUUUGUGAUCCCUGACAGCGGCAGGAAGAAGCCUCGCAAAUACCAGCUCACACCUUACCGACUGGAGACGGCAGAGCAGAUCUCGUCCGCCGCCUGUGGGUACGGCUUCACCCUCCUCGCCUCAUCCACGAGAGAUGUGACCAAGUUGUGGGGUGCCGGCCUCAACAAGGACUCUCAGCUCGGGUUCCAACGCACGCAGCGUAGCCGACUUCACAGUUACGAUUACGUGCUGGAGCCAUCGCCCGUACUGCUGCCUCUACGAGAACCGCAGAAAACACGCGUGAUGCAGGUCUCGUGCGGACGGGCCCACGCACUCGUGCUAACUGACAGCGAAGGAGUGUUCAGCAUGGGCAACAAUGCUUACGGCCAGUGCGGACGACACAUUGUGGAAGAUGAAGUGUACAGCGGCAGCCACAUUGUUCAUAAAUUGGAGGGCCCAGAGGGCCGGGUGGUGCAGGUGGCGUGCGGACAGGACCACAGCCUCUUCCUGACGGAUUCCGGACAAGUCUACGCAUGCGGAUGGGGAGCGGACGGACAGACCGGUUUAGGGCACCAUGGCGUGUGCUCCACCCCGACGAGAGUGCUGGGGGAGUUGUCAGGUGUGAAGGUUCAGCAGGUCAGCACGUACGGCGACUGCAGCCUGGCAGUUUCUGAGGACGGGCAGCUGUAUGGGUGGGGGAACUCGGAAUACCGUCAGCUGGCCUCUGUCUCUGACACCACACAGGUGAACUCACCUCGUCGACUGCCCCUACCAGGCUGCGGUAAGGUGAUACAAGCCGCAUGCGGAGGAACGCAGGUGGCGGUUCUCAAUGAGCGUGGCGAGGUGUUUGUUUGGGGCUACGGAAUCCUGGGAAAGGGCCCUUCGCUUUCUGACUCCAGCGCGCCCGAGAUGAUCCCCCCGUCCCUGUUCGGGCAAUCAGAGUUUAACCCCUCCGUCGCCGUCACCAAGAUCCGUUGCGGCCUCGCUCAUUUUGCUGCUGUCACGGAUCGCGGCGAGCUCUUUGUUUGGGGGAAGAACAUCAGAGGUUGUUUGGGCAUCGGGAAGAGAGAUGACCAAUUUUUCCCGUGGCGGGUAACGGUUCCGGGUCAUGUGUCGGACGUAGCGUGCGGUGUGGACCACACAGUGGCGCUUGUCAAGUCCAUCCUAUGA